GGUUCGGCAGCCGCCCGGAGCGAGUGGUGCGGUCUGACCGCGACCGUCUGCGGAGGCUGUGGUGGGGCAGCGGCGGCACGAUGACUUCGGCGGUGCUGGAGAUUCUGGGGCUGGGGCUGGGCAUCCUGGGCUGGGUGGGGGUGAUCCUGGCCUGCGGGCUGCCCAUGUGGCAGGUGUCGGCCUUCAUCGACGUGAACAUCGUGGUGGCGCAGACCAUCUGGGAAGGGCUGUGGAUGAACUGCGUGGUGCAGAGCACGGGGCAGAUGCAGUGCAAGGUGUACGACUCCAUCCUGGCGCUGAAGCCCGAGAUGCAGGCGGGCCGAGCUCUCACCGUCAUCGUGGCGCUGCUGGGGCUGGUGGCCCUGAUGGUGACCGUGGUGGGCGCGCAGUGCACCAACUGCAUCCGGCCCGGCAAGAUGAAGUCCCGCGUCGUGAUGGCCGGCGGGGCCAUCUACAUCCUCUGCGGGGUCCUGGUCCUCAUCCCGCUCUGCUGGUUCGCUAACAUCGUUAUCAGCGACUUCUACGACCCCACCGUGCCGCCGUCCCAGAAGCGGGAGAUGGGGGCUGCGCUCUACAUCGGCUGGGCGGCCACGGCCCUGCUGCUCUUCGGGGGCUGCCUCAUCUGCUGCUGCUCCUGCUCCCAGCGCGACGAGACCUCCUUCCCCGUCAAGUACUCGGCUCCGCGGCGGCCCACGUCCAACGGCGAGUACGACAAGAAGAACUACGUCUGAGCGGGGCUGCCCCGCUCCCCCGGGCCUCCGGGGACACGGACAGACGGCUGCGAGCCGGUCGUGCCUGCGGUGAGCUCCAGCGCUCCCCUGCCUAGAGUCUCCUCUUAACGGGGACCCCCGUCGAGCGGCAGCCCUAGGCAGGGCAGCGCCUGCCAGCCCGGCUCCCUGCGGGUCUGGCCGCUCCGCUGCGGGCAGAGCCGUGCUCGGUGCCGCCGGGGACCUGGUACCGACCGGCACGCCCGCGGUGCCGGGGCGAGCACAGCGCAGCCGAGGUCGGCCGAGCCUCGGCCGGGAGCACCGAGGAGCCCGGGCGAGACCCGCGGCGGCGUCUGCCGGGACGCCCCAUUCGGGGGGCUCCGCCACCUGCCCAGCCGGCUCCCGCCGCAGCUCCCGGCCCUUCCCGGCGUUACCGUGAGAGACUUGUGAGUACCGCACCGCCCGCUGGUGCUGCUGGUGCCUCUCGGGGCCCCGUGUGGCCAGUGGUAGCGGGCCGUCGGGUGUGCGCUGUUGCCGAGGAGAGGCUUCCCUCCUUCGUUGUCUCUCCCGAAAGCCGGCAUCUGGCUGUUCUCGCUGGGACUUUAAUUGGUUAGGGGUUUUUGUUGUUGUUCUUUUAUUUGGGCAACUAAACUUGGAAUUCUGUUUAAAGCAUGACACUAACCUUGGUCCUUAAUCCCAUAGGCAAGUAACUGUUUGGAGAAGAGUAUUUGUUUUCCUUGCUCAUUUCACUCCCUCAGAGAAGUGCUUUGGAUGUGUGUCUUUGAGACCUUCACAAGAGAUUCCAGGUAGUUGCUGUCGUUUAGUGGAGUACAAACCAGAUAAUACUAGGUUGCCCCUUGAGGUUCUUCAUCCCUUCUCCAUCAUCUUCUGUUCAGUUUUUACUUGAAUAUUAACUCAUUGCCAGAAUUAUUGGAGAACUAGAUUCAGAGACCCAUGAGAUCUUUGUAUGUCCUGGCUCCAGCGGGGCACCCCUCUGCAUCCUCUCAUCUGCACUACUGGAGACUGGAAACAAAAAUUACCCCAGAUACUGGUGGCUGGGGUAUGAACAGCUUUCAUGGCCUUCUUGCUGAGCCCUGCUUGCUGCCAAUUUUGAACUGUGUGUUUAGUUGGACAUGCUCUUGGUUGGCUCCCCACCAUCAUUUUGUUACCAUGUGCUUUCCUUCAUCUACCAAAUCAGGCAAAGAAGUUGCUAGAAGAAUUUCACCAAAUAUGUUGACUUUGUGUGGGCUAAUCAGGAGAUGUGAAGUCAUGGCUCUCACAGCUCUGAGCACCUCCACACUGCCCUGGUAGCGCUGUGCAGACUGGAAGGAAGAUGCUCUGGGCAGCAUAACUAUAAUUUUCUGAGCUCUGCACCUGCUAAACCUUGCCACAGUCUGGACUAUUAGCAUACACGUGCCCAUUUUAUAUUGCAGAGACUAAUUUUUUUUUAAAGGAGUGGUUAAGGGGUGCUGGGAUACUCUUCCAUGUGAAUUACUUGUAUUUUUAAAUCAACACAGAAUUGUGCUACUAACCAUGGCAGCAUCUGCAUUGCCAUAAGGAGAUUUCUGCCAAGAGUCAGUGAGGAAGCGUGGUGCUUGUAUUCCUCAGAGAGCAAUGAGGACCUCGUGGGUCCCUUACAACCACGUAGCAAUACAGCGCACACCUGGCUUGAGCAUUAACUCUUACAACAUUGAUACUUAUGGCCUAACCCUAACUGUGGGUUUGUGACAGAUUUAUAUAAACUGUGCUCUUGCCUUGCUUGGCAAACUUAAAACCUCAGUGGUAUCAAUACCUAGACACUUCUGAAUGAGACACUAAAGCCUUGCCCCUACGGUUACUGUUGUUGAAUAUAGAGCACACAAUUUACUCUUUUAAUGAUAACUGCUUUCAUUUUUAAACUCAUAAAUUGCAUGGUCUGAGGCCAUCAGACAAUACAAAAGCAAAGCAAAAUGUCUAGAACUAGUUUUGUUCUGUAAAGAGCUGCAGCUCUUAUACACCUCCAUAUAAACAAAAGCCAGACUAUUGUUGUUAUGAUGUGAUAUGUAGUUUUGGUACAAGCAUGAAAUAUUCUGUAUUUCAUCAUUGCAACUUUUUUUUUUUUAAACAGAGUAACCUUGUAAACUGUAAAUGUAUUUAAAUGCAUAUAUUUUGCAAGAAAUCUACCAAAGUUGGCAUGUUAUGUGGUUGGUGCCUUUAUUUGUUCAUGGUUUUUAUUUUAAAUCAUAAUCUCCAACUGUAUUUUUCAUCCAGCCCAUAGACACACUACACCCUCACUCAGCCCUCUUGUGUCUAGCAAAUGAGUAAACUUUUUUCUCUUUUAUCUCAAAUGAAAGAACUAAAGAACACCGUCCCUCGACAGACAUGCCUGCAAGUAUCUGUACUAUAAAGCCUACAGAAGUGCUGCAGGAUUUGAGCUCUGACCUAAAGAUGAAAUCUUUCCAGGCAGUGCAUUUAAAAUCAAAACUAAUAUAUUAGGGAGAGAAACCCACACCUUAGAAGGGAAUAUUUUUUUAAACAAGCCAAACUUCUUUAUAUGUAGCUUUGUGUCAUGGCAGGGCUGGAUCCACUUAUAACAAAAUUUGAAAGAAUGACACAAAAAGACCUUUUGGAAGAUGGCAGUGCUGACUGUGUAUGUACUAGUAAACACAGCAUCAUCUUACUGAAAACAUAACUGGCUGCUGAUGUAACAAGAUUUCGCUGACGUCAGUGGGGCAGCACCCAACAAUACUGGCAGGAAGUGGGGCCCAUUUUAAAAAAUAUUUUUAUAUUUUAUCUCAUCCUUCAGUAUAAUUACUUGUGCUUUAAAAAAUAACCUGAGAGAACACUGUUAGUGAUGUCACUGGCUUCAGGGUAAAAGUCUAGGUUUUGCUAUGUUUUGUUUUCCAAGAGCAAAGACCUGCUCCUGAACUUUAAGACUUGGAAGUGCUCACAAUCAGGCCUGAACCUCAUCCCAAUGAGAAACCUAUAGCACUUGUUUACUGUUUUUAUUUUGUAUUUAUGAUUUCACAUAAAAAUAAAAACGUCUAAACCAAUCCCUGAACAA